UUGGAGGAAAUACAUUCUUAGCCUGUGAGGAACAUGUUUGCUGGCCUGAAAUGCAAACCCGUUUGCAAUCCCUUUAGCGUUGCUUGCUAGCUUGAUACAGAGGUUAGCUGGCUAGUUAGCUACAGUAGUAAGCUACCGCCAUCAGUUGUGUUAUCAUAUUUAGCCUAUUCCAGUUUGUAGAAUGCAUACUGGCAUUUGAAUAUAGUGCAGGAGCAGGGAAUCCAGACACGGUAGACACAUUUAGAUGUAGACGCAUGAUGCGUUCGGAAUGCCAUGAUCAGAAUACUUAAGCUGAAUGAACGGUUAAGUCUAGACUUUGUUCUUUUGAAAGUAAAAGUGAACACCUUCUGUAGACUCCUCCAGGUCUGCACACCUUCACGUUCCCUCUGAGUCGCCCUUUCUCCUCCCUAACAUCCGCAGGGGUGAAAUCAAGAGUGUUGCGAACAGAACGCCUCGAGGAGUAUCAUGGAGGAGUGUUCUCUUUACUGCACCAUUUGGCCAUAUUUUAUGGGUGAGAUCAUGGCUUGCGUCUGAAACGGCAAUCAUCUUCCCAGACGUAUAGCCAGAUCCAAUGUGACCAACCUGAUGUGAGACUGGUGCAUGGCCAGGUACUGCCUCAGCCUUCUGCUCCUGAUGUGGUGGGGGGUUCCCACAACACUGCUGAACAACAAAUCCACCAGGUUAUGUAUAGCCUGUGAAUUAAAAUAAAUAUCAUUAUUCCAACAAUCUAACGGCCUUGAGACACAAACUGUUUUUCAAUCUCUCUGUUCCAGCUUUGAUGCACCUGUACUGACCUUGACUUAUGGAUGGAAGCGGGGUGAACAGGCAGUGGCUCAGAACAGCAGCAAGAGGUAGUUAUGAGACAUACCCUUCUCAGAGAUAAGUACAGCAGCCCCACAAAGCCUCCUUACCUUGCAAAAGGAACCUACAAGGAAAUGGGAGGAUUUAUUUAGGAAGGAGCUCAGAAGGACUCAGACACAGUUACUCAAAGAAGCAAGGGACAAGCACUACUUCACAUUGGGGAGAUCAAGUCAGGAGACACAAGAUGAACCUAUUUACCCAGCAAACUAUGAUACUUUGGCUCUGUGUUGCUGUCACGCUCACGACAGAGCUGGUGAAGCUAAGCACUGUUGACUCUCUGAUUGUGCCAUGUCACCAGAGUGUUACCCUCCAAUGCAGAAUCUCCACCUUCCAGGAGGGGCUGUCAAUCAAUCAUCUGGCCUGGGUCCGGCAGGACGGGACGUGCUUGUGUGAUGUUAACGCGACUGGAGUGAUGGGGACCCACCCAGGGAACACACCUAGUGCCAUGGAGUGUAGUUAUACCCCACAGACACAGCUGACCCUGACUCUGCUGCAGGUACAGCCACUGGAGCAGGGAAAGUACUUGUGCAAGCUGCGCUCCAAUCAAGGAGUAAAGGAGGUCACCACAACUGUGAAGCUGCAAGAGUGCUACAGGGAGGCCCAGUCCAGCGUCAGUGAUGAGGGCCCAACCUGCACCUUCACUGAGGUCUACCCUGACGGAGAGGUGCACUGGUUCCAGGGACACAACAAUGUGACUGGGGACCCUAAAAUUAAAACUAAACAAGUGAAGGAUGGAACAUUUUUGACAAUAACUAGUUCUCUGAAUAGAAAGACCAUCUCUGGGGAAGGGGCCUACAACUGCUCCCUGUGGAUCCCCAGUACCGGAGCCUACCUGACCAGCAGCUUGGUACCAGAGCAUGGUGAAGCCAGGGUUGAGGAGCCCAAUGCCAACGGGGCAGGGGCCAUUGGUCCUUUGUGGAAAACCUUUCUAGUCCUCCUGAGUACUCUCUUCCUGGUGUGAUGUCUGAAAACGAACAUUAGCAAAUGGACCAGGAAGCACCAAGAUCAAUUAAUAAAAAUAUGGAAGAGC